AUGUCCGAGCAUCUGUUCAACAUCACCUCGCACAUCAUUCCUGCAUCUCACAUUCGAGGCUUUAGAAGAGGAAUCCAAGACGAGCAAAACGGCCAUCUACGUUUAUCUCUCAAAAACUAUGUUCCAAAAGACCGACAAGCAAAACCAGGAGACCCUACAUUAAUCCUAGCCCACGGCAUCGGCUCUUCCAAAGAAUCUUACGAGCCAUUCCUCGACGAACUUGUCGCCCACCUACCAAUCCGCGGUGCCUGGGCGUGCGACGUGACCCACCAUGGCGCUUCAUUUUUACUCAAUGAAGAAAUCAUAGGAGACGAACCGCACUGGCUCGACAGCGCCAGGGAUAUGCUCCACAUGGUCAAUACAUUCGCAGCCCAGAUGCCUCCUCCAAUCUACGGUAUCGGCCAGUCAUGGGGCUGUAAUAACAUAGUUCUAGUGUCCCACCUCCACCAACGCCUUUUCGCAGGCAUGGUACUAAUUGAGCCCUAUUUCGAAACCGGAUACCGACUCCAAUCGCACGGAGUCGACAAGCCUCCAGAGCACUCCCAGCAUCGGAUCGCCAUUCUGGCAAGACGAAGAGAUACGUGGACAUCUCGCGAAGAAGCAGCGGCCAAAUUGCGCGCGACUCCUUACUACGCCGUCUUCGAUCCGCGCGUCUUUGAACGCGUGGUCAAGUAUGACUUGCGUGACAUGCCAACGCAGCAGCACCCGCACGCCGUGACCUUGACGACUCCCAAAGCCCAAGAAGUAUACAAUUAUGCGCGGCCUGACCCGCCCUUCCCGGGCUACGAGGCGGCACCAGACUACAAGACCCGUCCCGGCGAUAGUGUUGUAGUUCCAGGCUUCUAUCGUGGCGAAGUCAAGCAUGUGAGGCGUAUUCUACCUCAGAUUCUGCCACCGCUCUUGUUUCUGUGGGGUACCAAGUCCGAUAUUGGCAAUUCUGCGUAUCCCCAAACGGUGAUUGACCAAACCGGGGUCGGGGAUGAUGGGAAUGGCGGCGUUGUCUCUGGUAAAGUACAGUCGAAAUACGUGAAGGGGGCUUACCAUGCUGUACACCUGGAAAUGCCCGGAAAAGCUGCCGAAGAGAUCAGCGAAUGGCUGAAAAAGGAGCUGCAAAAGUGGCAUGACGAGAUGAUGAGGAAGAAGGAGCAGCAGCCGCCUUUUGACCCUGGCGUACUGAAUCCGCUGUGGCUUGAAAAGCUGUCUAAGCUCUGA